AUGGAAUGGAAACAGGUGCUUAAGCAUAAUAAAACAUUGACCAUCUCAGAAGAAGUUCCAAAAGAGGAAGCAAAAAUACAAGUAGGGAAAGGGGAAAUGAUUCAAAGGAGCAAAGUCAAGGAGAAGAUGACAACUAGUCCAGGUUUCAAUAUCUUGAUGGAAGUGGAUGAAGAGCUGCAACCUAUAGAAGGGAAGAAGGAUACUCAACAUCAACUGAACUUGACUUCAGAACAUGAUGAGGCUAAGCUGUGUAUGGAUCUAACCAAGGUGGGGAGAGGGAAGAGUUAUGGGAAAUCUUAA